AAUGACGUAAUCAAAAUAUACCCACGUGGAGUAACUAUAACUACAAUGGCAGAAGAAGUUAGUGUAGGUUUUGUUGAAAUGGCUACUGAUAAAGAGGCCCCAGGGUUCAAGGAGGUCAGGAGUAGGAAGAGAAGGAAGGAUAGAGACAUGGACACAGGAGAGGAGGACGUCACACUCAUGGAGACAGCUGCAAAGAGGCCAGCAUUCCCCCCAGUGGAUGACACCACCGCUCUAGGUGGUAAGCCUGAGAUUCGUCGCGUCCCUGUUCCGCCUCAUCGAUUCACGCCCCUCAAGGAGAACUGGAUGAAGAUAUUCACACCCGUUGUGGAGCACCUCAAGCUACAGAUGAGACUCAACCUCAAAACCAAGAGCGUUGAAAUCAAGACAUCAAAGGUGACUACAGACCCUGGGGCCAUUCAGAAAUCAGCUGACUUUGUGCGAGCUUUCAUGAUGGGAUUUGAAGUGGAGGAUGCUCUAGCUCUGAUUCGAUUGGACGAUCUGUUUAUCGACUCCUUUGAAGUCACUGAUGUAAAGCCAUUGAAAGGAGACCACCUCUCUCGUGCCAUUGGUCGGAUAGCCGGCAGUGGAGGAAAGACAAAGUUCACUGUUGAGAACGUCACUAAGACCAGGAUCGUGCUGGCUGACAGUAAAAUCCACAUUCUGGGCUCAUUCCAAAACAUCAGGAUAGCGAGGAACGCCAUAUGCAGCCUUAUACUAGGGAGUCCUCCUUCUAAAGUGUAUGGCAGCAUGAAAGCAGUGGCCACCAGAGGGGCAGAACGAUUCUAACUGACCUGCAAACUUUGUACCUACUUAAAGUAUAAUGUCAUUCAUUUUGUUCAGAUGUUUAAUAAAUUAUUAUUAUGUCAAUUUGAAGUCAACAUGUGUUGGGUACCAUGAACUGAUGAGAUGCAAUUUUGAGAUGAUGUGUGUAAUGAUAAAACACGCACAACAUAAACUGUUUAAGAAAAAGAAAAACAACGCAAAUAACAGAUAAAACAUACAAUCAGAUUAUACUGAAAAUAACAUUUCAGUCAAUACACACAACAACGAACUCCUAUAGUUUAUGCUUUGAGAGGCCACGACCACCGUCCCCAAUUGUCAAAAUCAGGAGUGGACUGACUUGUGCUACUGAUGGUUUCCAACGGAGCCACCUUAACAGUAUUCACAGAUACAGAGCUACUUAACGUGGUGUGGUUCGGCUUCUUGCUUCUGCUCAGGCUUUGCAAAGAAAACACCGAUUUUACUUUAACUUUAGAUGGAUUUGAGCGACUUUUUUUUUUUGAUUUGGAUAUUGUCUCGGGGCAUGUCAGAGUUGUCGUGGACACAAUGCUUCCAUCAUCACUAUUCUCAUCACUUUCACUGUAAUAGUUCAGCUCAGUUAUUGAACUAAGAGGAGAAAUUUCAGUGAGCAUGGAGUCCAAAGAUGUGAUGUCACUUGCACUCCCAUUGAUUGUUGGUUCUCCAGAAACAUCUUCACCAAAUGAUGGAGUUUUACGAGACUCUUGCUUGAGCAAUCUGUACCAUUCCUCACUUGCAGAAGGGGUUGCAAACUUGAGUGUGUAUGAACAUCUACCACGACAGCCUCUCGAAAUUAGUUCAAUGUUGCUUUCUUGACCCCUGCGAAUACAACAGCUAUGCAGCCACAAAAUUCCUUUAGGUUCUUCUUGCUUCUUGUACCAGAUGAUGAACGAAUCGGAGACACUUGUGUAGAGGCUGAUUUGACAUAGAGCGACUUUUCUCUUCGGAGAACUUUUUGGAUUGAUGGCGCAACCUCCACAGAAUGAGCAGCUAGGAUAGGUGAUGCUUGCUUGUGCGGUCCUCACUAAGCUACUCAUAUGGAUAGAGGAGAAUACAUUUCUUCUUAGCUCUUCAGAACUCAUGAUUAUUCUGCGCUGAUGAAUAGCUAUUAAAA